GAGCUGCAGGCAGACACACACACGUUAAAAGCUUUGUGUAGUUUUCAGCACUGAUAGACCUUCAAGAAGACUUUAAUUAAUCUAGAAUUCAGCCUGUUUUUUAAGUUGCAGACGUGCAUCUUUUGCUCAUAUAGGCUGGUAAUAAAUGCAGCUGAAUCCUGCAUUCAUGAGCUGAGCUGAGGUGCAGCACCUCUUUUGCUUUUCACAUCUGUGGAAGUAGGACAUUUUGGGACUUUUUGGCUUUCUUCUCAUUUUGGAAAUUUGCCGACAACUGGAAAAUGAAUGCUGACACCUAAAUGGUAAAUUGCUGACUACUUUAGCUGUUCUUGGACACUUGUUUUGUGAGGGGAAAAAAAGGUGAAGACGACUGCAACAUCACCACCACCAUUACCACAACAAUCAAGCUGAGCAUCAGUAAACUGGACAAGCUGUUUAUACAGAAAACUUGAGCAAGGAAUCAUGAAAGAUAACUAUGGAGGAUACGAGAACCAGCUUUUCAAAGAGGAGGAUCUCACUGGCGAGGAGGAGGAAAUACCUUCAUUUAGAGGUCGUACCAGAGGUGGCUGUGUGAGGUGCCAGCAGAGCCACUCACUCCAACUGGCUGUCAAAGUCCUCUAUGGAUUUAUUGCAUUUCUCAUCAUUACCGUUGCAGUGCUGGCAUCACUCGUGUUCAGGAAGGUUGACAACCUGGCUGAGAAGGAGUCUGUCUACCACAAGAAGAUCACCACGGCUCAGCAAGGAAUAGAGGAUCUGAGCUCAGCCUCUAACUGCUCAGGCUGUCUGGAUGUGACUCUGUACAGUGAGGAGAUCAGCAGGCUGAAGAAAGAGUUUGAAGAAAUCCAGAAAAUGAUACUGGGACAGGAGCAGGUCCUGGACCAUGCCUCUCAAACCCAGACCACCCUAAAAGCCACCAGCACCCGGCUGACUCGCGACAUGCAAAACCACCUCAUGUCAAUCAAACUUCUCAAUCAGUCUCUGGAAAGAUACCUGGAUCGGGUGGAGGGCUGGAAGGACGUGAUUGAGGAAACUGUCGAGAAGAUGAAAACUCUGACAGAGGAUCAGUAUGACAUCAAAGCUACCGCACAGCAAGUUAACACCACUGUGGCGCUAAGCUCAAUGUGGAUACACGCCCUGCAGAGGAAAGCAGAAGAGGAGACUCUGGUCCUCCAGAAGUUGACCAGCGACUGGCAGAACUACAGCCGAGUUCUGAGCGUGAUGAAAUCCAAUGCUAGCAGCACUGUGCAAAACAUGCGCUUCCUCCAAAACAACAUCGUAGCAGAUCACCAGAGAAUAGCCAUGUCCAGUGAGAUGCUCAACGACCUCAAUCAGCAGGUGAUGAACCUGCAGAUGCAGCUCGAUAAUGUGACCUCUUUCAUGGAUGAACAUGAGGAGAACAUGCAUGACCUUCACUACCAUUCCAGGUACUAUGAAAACCGGACAGGUGAACGUUUCUCUGCCUUGGAUGGUCGUCUGAACUCCAUCGAGAUGGAGAUCGAGACAUUAUCCUCCAGCAUCAAUGCCACCGUCAGCCAUGUCCAGAGCAUGUACAAGUAUAUCAACAUCGAGAGCUCAUCCUGCCAGGGCCGCCUGAACAGACAAACAGAAGAUCUACAGAAUAUGAACAAUACUGUCUUGUUACUCCUCCACUUGGCCGACACACUGAGGCAGCAGAACAUGUUGUUGAAUGUCCGGCUGGAUAUGGAUGUCAGGAAUCUGUCCAUGGUGAUGGAGGAGAUGAAGCUGGUGGAUACACACCAUACACAUAUCAUAAAGAACCUCACUAUACUAAAAGGUGCUCCAGGACCACCAGGGCCCAAGGGGAACCGUGGUGAGACUGGCACAAAAGGACCUAUGGGACUGACUGGGAGCAAAGGUGACCGAGGUCCUGUAGGAAGUCGCGGAUCCCCUGGAGAGAAGGGGCCUAUUGGGCUUAAAGGUGUACCAGGUGAAACAGGACCCAGUGGCAAUAGAGGGGCAGUAGGCGCCAAAGGAGCCAAGGGAUCUCUUGGUCAGCCAGGACUGCGUGGUGAGAGGGGCCAGAAAGGUGACAUGGGCCCCUCUGGUAAAGAUGGGCUCCCAGGACCAACAGGACCUCAAGGGAUCCAGGGCCAGGCAGGACUACCAGGCAUCAUUGGGCCAACAGGGCCAAGAGGAAAACCAGGGCCAGUUGGGCCACCUGGACCACCAGGAACCCCUGGACCUCCAGGAUUGCCGUAUCCCCAUGACCAACUCAACAUCCAGCAGCGAACCGAGCCUGCUGCUGGAUCCAAGAGACAGUAGGACUCAGAGGUGAUUUAUAAGGCACAAAAGAAUGAUUAUCAGAUAUAAACUGAAGGAGUAUUAUCCAUCGUGACUGGUGAUGCAGCAGCUGAUGAGGAGAAAAAACUCUUAUUCCAUUUCUAUGGGAUUGUGCAAGACAAUGAAGAACUUAAUAACCAAACCAAAUGCAGCAGAUCAAAUUUGGGACGAAGACGGGGCAUGAAAAGACGGGCAUUCCCCCGAUGAAAUGACUUAGCAAGCUAAGGUAAAUCAAGAGGAAGGUCUAAAAAAUAGAAAACAGAACUGCUGCCACAGACUGAACUGUUGUUUCCUUUGUUUUUUCAUUGACUUUCAUUGACCAUUUUUUGUCUUGAAUACCCAGGACAAAAAUGGAUUGUUUGGUUAGACUUUGUAUGUUGGUAUGAGGAGAAACUGCCUUCAUCCAACACUUGGAUUUCAUCACUACUUGUGAUGGGUCUUCCCUCAUCCACCUGGCAGUCCAUAUACAAAUAACAAACAAUGAGCUUUUACCAGGGUGAAAAACUUCAAAUAGAUGGUGAGAAAUCAUGCCCGUUACUGAAUUUGAAUGUACUGGAAGGGAAGAAGGGGUGAGAGGUUGUUGUGGAGCCACCAAACCCACAUGGGACAUAAUAAAUAGGAGGAGAAUUAGACUAAAGUAGUGGUGGUUUCCCAUCCAGGCCACCAGACUACUCAAGGGUUUACAUUCCCAUGCACUAGUAUAAGGACACAAAAAAUCUGCUUCUUUUUACAUUAUAUUCAUGUUGACACAUCCUUUUCUGUUGGAUGGCACUUUAUUGGUUCUUUAAGAGUAAAAUUUAAGCAUUUUUGUCCAUUUUAUUUCAGAGCAGGUACUCUGAAGCCUUUUUCAUCUGCUGGUAAAACAGUAAUUUUAUGAAGUCUGAAGAAUUGAAGAUUUGAGGAUACAGAGUUUAGGCCCUUCCAGUCUAAAUUUCCAUUUGAAUGCUCUGGUGACCAUUAACCUAUUUUACAUUGUACGAUAUGUUUACUUCUAUUGUUGCUGUUGAAUAAGUAAGAAUGAAGAAAAUAACUUCUUGACUCCUCUUGACAUUCUUGGGAAAACAUUUUGGGAAAUACAUUUUCUUUCAUUGUGAAAAUAAGACAGAAGAUUGAUACCACUCUUAUGUCUGUGUGGUAAGAACGGAGCUAAAGCCAGGAAGUGAUUAGCCUAGCUUAGCAUAAAGACUGGAGGCAAGGGGAAACAGCUAGCCUAGCUCUGUCCAAAGUUGACUGAUUAACACAAUGUAUCUUGUUUGAUUAGUCCAUACCCAAACAUAAAUGUAAAAAUGGCAAUUUAUGGUUAUAAGGUUGUUGUUUUUUGUGCAGAGCAUCUUCAGGAAGCUGUUGUGGUGUUACUGUGCAUGCAACUGCCUCUAAAAUCCUAAGUUGUCAUUUUGACAUUUCUGUGUUUCUGCUAGUAGGUGUAUUUUUGAGCUUUAGAAAGAGCCAGGCU